CCACAUGUUGAUUUGUCCGUCCCUUCGGAAUACCUCGAACAAACGAUCACAGACGAAUCGCACAAAGUCAGACUGACUGACACCAGCCUUGAAAAAAGAGGGAUAGGCUUGUGAUUUUACAGUCAAUGUUGAGGUAUAUUGUACGCUGUGUACCAUUACGGAAGUGUCCAGCUGUCGCCAUGUCAUCAGCGAAAUAUCCCGAUGUUUCAGAAUUGAGGAUACCAUAUAGAAGCAGUAACGACAUAUUCGAUGUUGGUAAUCUUGUGUCCAAAAACCCGAUUAAACAGUUUGAAGCCUGGUUCAAUGAAGCCCGAGAGGUACCGAAUAUUGGAGAAGUCAAUGCGAUGGCCCUCGCUACAGCUUCCAAGAGUGGGUUUCCCUCUGUGAGGAUGGUGUUGAUGAAGGGAUACAGUCAGCAAGGAUUUACAUUCUUCACGAACUACGAAAGCCGCAAAGCGGGAGACUUAGAGGAGAAUCCAGUCUGUUCACUGAUGUUCUACUGGGAUCCACUAAAAAGAUCGGUUAGAGUGGAAGGAACAGUAGAGAGGCUCCCGGAAGUGGAAUCCUUACAGUACUUUGAUCAACGUCCUCGACAAAGUAGACUUGGUGCCAUAGUUAGUCGUCAGAGUACAGCAUUAGAGAAUAGAGAGGUAAUCAGCAAGAAAUACCAGGAACUUCUAGAAGAAUAUCAAGAUGAGGAAAAAAACAUCCCUAAACCUGCCUACUGGGGAGGUUAUUUAGUUCGACCAACUAGCAUGGAAUUCUGGCAGGGACAGACAAAUCGUCUUCACGACAGAAUUUGUUUCCGAAAAUUAAAAGACAAUGAGAUUAUUGACUCAAAAUAUACUCAUCAGGGAGAUGAAGACUGGGUGUUUGAAAGACUUGCACCGUAACGUGUGAUAGCAAAUCCACAAUGUCGAUGGGCUCAACAGAGAAAUCUUGUAUUGUCUGAAGUGGUUGAAAUCCGCAGAUUAUUGUAAAUACUGUAUAUAAGCUUUGUCAGGUGUAUGUAUACCCUAAAAUAACUUAUUUGCUUAUGUAAGUUAAAGUUAAUCGCAAGUACACUGUUUAUAGUCAGUAGUCAUCAGCAAUAUACAUCUGCAUGUCUGUCUGACUCCAUACAUGUAUGUUAAUUCCGGCAUAUUUCAUUCCUUAAUAAACAUAUGCAUUAUGUC